GAACACAAAAACGAGUUGAAGAAACAUAUUACUAAUGAACAAAAUCCUCUCAAACGGCUGUUUUUGUUAUAAUUCACUUAAAUUAGAUGCAUUCUUUUGUGUAGUAAGAAUAAUUACUUUGUGAAUUGACUGACACCAAAUUUUAAAGAUAUCUAGUGUCUACUUUCAGUAGAGAUGUCAAAAUAUGUUAAAUUUGUGAGUAAAUUUAACCAUCAACCAAUCGGAACCCUUAAUUCUAGUGAGUUGAAAAUUUGGAUAUUAACAGAAGCUUUAUAAUUUUACUAUCAUGUGAUUUUAGCAAAUAAACUUCCAUACAUGAUACAUCCUGUUCUGUAUUCAUAACCAGAAAGACCUAUUGUGAAUCUAACGUCCACAUAUAUCUUUACGAAUGCACUAUUUAAACUAAUAACAAUAAUCUUUUUUUUGUUAAAACUAACAAACAGUAGCUAUAAUUGUAAAAACUAAGUUCUUGCUAAAAUUACGUAACUAAGGAACCCUCUUAAACUAUUAACUUUAUUUAGCGUACAAAAUCAACCAUUAUAUAAAGCACCAACAGAAACUUCGAAAUCUACAAAAAAGAAGAAGCAAGUGAAUAAACAAAACUAAGUGAAAACCCAUUUAGGUCACUUCUUCUUCUUAAAGAUUCAUGGCGACGUUGAAGACGAUCUCGGUUUUGUAUCUCGUUCUAUCAAUUAUUCUAGUUUUCGAGGGGAUUGCGAUAAGCACGGAGGAUGUUUCAUCCCAAGAAAAUAGCUCGGAGAAUGUUAUAAGCUAUGAUGCUAUGCGUGCGAAUCAUGCAUGGGGAUGCUCUCCCAAGUACCCUCAGUUUUGUAAUAAAACUCAGGCAAAUCCAUAUACGAAUCCGAAAGUUUGAAAUUAUUAAAGAUUAAUGGAAUACUCCAAGAUAGAAAUCAACGAAGAGAUUACUGGAGGAGGGGGAGGGGGAUGGGUUAUGUUUUCUUUUAUAUAAAUUCAAAUUUUCUUACCGCACUACCUCUGUUUCAUAUUAAGUGUUAUUUUGUCAUUUUUUUCUUGUUACAAAAAGAGAGUCAUUUUAGAAAUUCAAUGCAACUUUCAGCUUAAAAUUAAUUAUAAAUGCAUUGAUUUUAUAAAUAAUUUUAUUUAUCUCAAAUACUAUAGGUUGAAUAUGUGUAAUUAAUAAGAACUUUAAUGCAUUUCAAUCAUUUUCUUAAUGUGUAAAAAAUAUCAAAAUGACAUUUAUUAUGAAACGGAGGGAGUAUUUAAUAUUCCUGUAUUUUUAGUUUUAUCAUUCCAUGAGAAAAAUGAAAACAAAUUGUAAUUCGAUUAUCUUAAGAUUACAUUUAUGGAAAAAUAUACUAUUGAUGAAAGCGAUCAGUCAUAGUAAAUGUAUAUGGAAUUACGUACACAACUGUAUUUUAUAUGUUACUAUUUGUUAACAACUUGUAUUUAUACAUAUUUAGAUUCGAGUGAUACAUCCAUGAAUCAUGAUGUUAACACAAACUUAUAAGUUAUUAAGUUAUAUGUUUAAAAGGCGAUAACCUAACCCGGAGGUGCUAGCUGCCUAGCUCUACUGGUAAAGUCUUUGCCACUUUUGAAAAACAUAAAUCUUUGAAGCCAUCCAAUGUACCUUGUUCCCGAGCUACUGGAAGAGAUCUUCCUUCGAAUGUCGUAGAAAGCCAUCCUCAACUUCAAAACCCUCUCAAAACAAUGGAGAUCAAUAUUCGAGUCGAGGAGGCGUAUCAUAUCAUGAAUGUUCAAACGAAGCAGAUGAUCAUGGCAGUAGGACAGCGAAAUCGAAUCCCACAAGGAUUCCAAGGAGACGAAGAGGUGGAAAUGGUCUACUUACACUUUGAUGUCGCCUCGCGACCGUCGCUGUCAUGUGACGGUCUGGUCUGCAUCCCCGUACCUGGAUGGGUCAACGUUUUUAACCCUUCCACGGGAGAGUUUCGCAGAUUCCCUUCCGGGCCAUAUCCAGUGAUGCGCCGUUAUGCUAAUCAUAGUAAGGUAAAUCAUAUCGUAGUUUCUUUUUAGGUAAAUAAUAGCUUAGGUAAAUCGUUUCGAUGAGAUUGAAAUUGUUCCUACGGGAUGGGAUUUACUAUAUAAAAAGUUGAACAAAUAGUUAAAAAAAAAUCAGAAAAAGAAACAAACUUAGGUUAGACACGUAAAUUAAGACCGAAGUCCGAAGCAUGACCGGCCUAGCCUUAUGACUUGGGUUUAGUUAUUUAAGUCCAGAAACCUGGGAUUUUAGGGGUAAAUAAAUCCAUUUGGAUUUUAGAUGUUUUCGGAUCAAACCUC